GAAGAAACACUUGUUUAGCAUAUAAGCGAAAUGUGAUUUUGGUGUAGACAAACGUUCGAUAAAUUAAAUUAAACGACUACUCUUUGAUAAUGAAAGACAUGUUUUCGAAAAUCGUAGUGAUUAGUGUAAUUUUAGGUAGUUAUAUGUUAGUUAUACAAGGAAGUGUCAUAACGAAUCGCGAUGGACAUGUUGAGGUGUGUCCAAAAAUGUGCACCUGUGAUAUGGUCGAAGGACUUAAACGUGCUGAUUGCAGCCACGAGAAUCUUAUCAACACAUACACCGAUGUUCCAACUAGUGUGGAAAUUUUGGAUUUAAGUAUCAACAAGAUAUCGUCUGUGGAGGAUGACAGUUUGAUGAAUUACAACAACUUGGUGAAAUUGUUCCUAUCGGAUAACUCGAUUCAAACACUUUCAUUGCACGCCUUUUCCGGCCUGCAAAAUCUAGAAGUUCUUGAUCUUUCACAUAACCGUCUGGAGAAGCUGCAUGAAGAUCUGUUCGAAAACAACGAUAAACUGAUCGAUCUCAACUUAUCGAACAACAAUUUCAUCUAUCUGGAAAAUCGACCUCUUUUGAGAAGCUCAUCAAUCAUGUACCUCCACAUGAGUGAUUGCAAAAUACCACAACUGUACGAGAGUUUGUUCCUCUACCUACCAAGCCUUCGAACGAUGGACCUGUCAAAUAAUCUAAUGAUCACGCUCUCCAAGGAACCCUUCAUACAUCUCAAGAAACUCCGCAGCAUCGAUCUGCACGAAAAUCGAUGGCAAUGCGAUAGCUCUUCAGUUCGUAGUACGAUCAGCUGGAUGAAGAAACGGGUAGCCUCUAUUCAGAUCGAAAAUUGCUUUAUCAACCCUUACAAGUCGAAGUCAAAAUUUGAGAAAAUGGAACUAGAUCCCGGUUAUAGCGAAAACAAAAAUAAUCGCGAAGAAAUUGUGAUCGAAAAGGUUUGGGGAGACGCAACUACUACUAAUUAUUGGACUUCGUUGAAGGAGAAGACAUGCGCGUACAAUGAGGCGAUGGAUCCAAACAAUCGCAAGACAUGCGAGAAUUUCAUUGAGUGUCAAAAGCGCUUCAGUGAGUUAUAUCACGCUUACACGGAAGCAAAGACAGAAAAUAAAUCCGAUAGGUCAAACAACACUAUUUACAACAACAGACUAGCUACUACAUUGCUACUCUGUGGAGUAUUUAUUGGUGCUUUGUUCGGAUCGUUCGCCACCUACUCGUUGAUUUAUUUAGCACAAAAGUGUCGUAGAUCCAGAGAUAAUGCUACGAGUCCAAAAACCAAAACUCUACAAGAACUUAGAAGAGAGUUCAGAAAGAGAAACAUAUUUGAACAUUCUCGACUGAAUGAUUCCCCAUCGGAUAACUUUAACGGUAGAAACCUAUCACAACGAGAGCAAUCACAAAUCUACAGAAAUCACGAAAACACCCGUCAGUUUCUAGUGAACCUAUUUUCAAAAAGGCAACCUCGCUUUGUUCGCAACAAUUCCCAAAUCGCUAACCUACAGAACCGUUAUGUACCUCCGAUCCGUAUACGUAGUGAGCACUAUCCUGCUAGUGCAUCUCCCGCCGCACCGACAAGUUCCAGUUUUAUUUGGGAAUCGGCGCGCCAAAACCUGGAAAACCAGGAACGGGAACGAAUGCUGGACAGUUGCGAAGAUAGCAGGCAGUCUUCAGCACUGUCUGUAUGGAACAAUUAUUACGGCAUCGAUGAGCCCAGGGAACCUGAUCCAUCUACUGCAAUCUAUGAGGUGGUUCCAGUAGGGAAUACAGUGGCGUCAGUAAGCGGUGCUGUAGUUGCACGAGAAACACCACCGCCACCAUAUGCGGAUUGCAAAAAACAUUCGAAUUAAUAUACUGCACAUACUUUAAAUAUACUUGUACAAAUAGAAUUUAUUACUGACUGAAAUAGUAGGUAGGUAUGGCUAAGCUGAAUAAAACAACCCACUUAAAA